GUCCCUAGCUUGCAUACUCUUUUUUAUUUGGGAAAAUAGAAAGCCUUGGCCAUCGCCCCAUCAGAGUCCACCGUCACCUGAGGCAUUAGAAGAUGGUGAUGAUGACAAUGAUGGCAAGGCGAUUGCCCCACCAGAAGACACCAGUCCAACAGCACCAGUGGACAACAAUGCCCCAGUUCCGACCCAAUCAGAAGAUGAUGACAAAGCAAAAAGUGACAGCCCCACAAUGUCCCUUACCAGAACACAGUAG